CACACAGCUGCGUCGAAUAAGAUACUCCUACCGCGGAGAAGAAGGAUUAAACAUCGCUGCUUUAUUGCACUGAGUACAGGUGAUUCUGCGAAGGUGAUGCUCCGGGUGUGUUUGCGGUUAACAUGGGGCUUAGAGUACAGCUAGCCUACUCUGGCUAGCCAUCCCUAGAAGACGAGCGGCCCCAAGCUGUCCCGAAGGAGGACAAAAUCGUGGGGGUUCACCGAGUGGUAGCUCCGCAGCUAGCUCACUACAAAGUCAGCUAACCGGGAAUAAGCACGGGAAUGGUGCUCUGUAUUGACUCCUUGUACCGACAGAGAAAGGCGAGGGGCACACGGGUCAGACCACCGAGCUGCAAUAUUUGGACUCAAAACUAUUUUUACCAGAGGGAGCGGUUCUCCGGCGGACGAGUGUUUUUGUAGCAGUGCGAGCUAGCGGGCUAGCUAGCUGAAGGAAAACGACCCCCACCGCCUGCUUAGGUUUUUCCAACUGUAGCUAAUGUUAGCCAGCACGCUGAAGACAAAACUCUGUGGUUUAAUCAAACAAUGAUAAAUUACAUUUAGAGCCAAGAAAACAGCUAGCUAAUCCCAAAGAAAAGAAUAACUUGAGUUGGUUCUGAUAAGGUGCUAGCAAACACUCCAGUGAAGCAGAGUAACACUCGCUGUUAGAAAAGUUUGCUUCGUGAAUCUUUGUUUUUCUCUUUUUUUAUUCGGAAUUUUUUCUUCGCUUCGGAUGCUGGCAUCACAUUUUAAUUGCAAUCAUGAUGAUAAUAAGCAGGAAACCAGAGGGUCCAAUAGCAACAGCACGCCAUGGGGAUGGUCUCUAUGACUCGUACAUGAGGACAGACCACAUCCUUAAAGACGACGCAGAUACAAACAGUCCGUCUGGGCUGCCCCCCAUGCCCAAACACACAGUUGUCAGUAACAAGACUGUAAUGAGGGAACCGGUGAGUGUGCGAGGUGGCCAGCUGAAGGUCAAGUACCUGUAUGAAGACACCACCAACAAUCGAAAGGUCAACGCCAUAACAACGGCCGCCCCUCUGAACAGUGGGACCACGGGACAGUCGCCCAGUAAACCCGCCGCGGUCUCCAGCCUGUCGAAGGAGCCCAGUGUAGACAGCAGGAGGAACCCCCCUUCACAGCAUGUUUCUGUCAUGCUUGCUUGCCGCAGCACUGAAUCCAGUAAGGGCUCCAGUGAAUCCUCCGGCACGCUGGGCGUUGGAAGUGGGGGGAACAGCGGGAAGCUGUGCGGCCCCCUCACCCCCGACCAGGCUCUGAGGCUGUACCGAUCUCAGCUGACCACCCUGGAGCAGACGGAGAUCCACUCCUACCCAGACAUCUACUUCGUGGGACCCAAUGCCAAGAAGAGGCCUGCCGUCGCCGGCGGCAACAACAACUGUGGCUACGACGAUGAGCAGGGCGGAUACAUUAAUGUCGCCCAUGACCACCUGGCUUACCGCUACGAGUUCCUCAAGAUCAUUGGUAAGGGCAGCUUUGGCCAGGUGGCGAAGGUGUACGACCACAAGCUGCAGCAGCACCUGGCUCUGAAGAUGGUGCGCAACGAGAAGCGUUUCCACCGGCAGGCGCAGGAGGAGAUCCGCAUCCUGGAGCACCUGCGCAAGCAGGAUCGCAACGGCACCAUGAACGUGGUGCACAUGCUCGAAAACUUCACCUUCCGCAACCACAUCUGCAUGACCUUCGAGCUUCUGAGCAUGAACCUGUAUGAGCUUAUCAAGCGCAACAAAUUCCAGGGCUUCAGUCUGCCUCUGGUCAGGAAGUUUGCACACUCCAUUCUGCAGUGCCUGGAGGCCCUGAGCCGGCACAGAAUCAUUCACUGUGACCUCAAGCCGGAGAACAUCCUGCUGAAGCAGCAGGGCCGCAGCGGCAUCAAGGUUAUUGACUUUGGUUCCAGCUGUUUUGAACACCAGCGGGUGUACACCUACAUCCAGUCUCGUUUCUACCGAGCUCCAGAGGUGAUCCUAGGUUCCCGCUACGGCCUUCCGAUCGACAUGUGGAGCUUCGGCUGCAUCCUGGCCGAGCUGCUGACCGGUUACCCGCUGUUCCCCGGCGAGGACGAGGGCGACCAGCUGGCCUGUGUCAUGGAGCUGCUGGGCAUGCCCCCCCAGAAGGUGGUGGAGCAGGCCAAACGCGCAAAGAACUUUAUCAACUCCAAGGGCCACCCUCGUUACUGCGGGGCCAACACCCUGCCCACAGGGGCCACCGUGCUGACAGGGUCUCGCUCUCGCCGCGGCAAGAUGAGAGGCCCCCCAGGUAGCAAGGAGUGGAGUGCCGCGCUCAAGGGCUGCGAGGACCCCACCUUUACUGACUUCAUAAAGAAGUGUUUGGACUGGGACCCCUCGUCACGUCUCACCCCUAGUCAGGCCCUCAGACACCCUUGGCUGUAUCGCCGCCUACCCAAGCCCCUACCAGGGACCGAGAAGAGCCAAGGGGCCACAAUGAAACGGCUCCCCGAGCCCCACAGCACCUCUUUCCCUUCCAUCCUGGCCAAAGGGGGGCCUGGCUUAGGCACCACAGCUGCCAACAACAAACUGCGGGGCCACAUGAUGGGAGACUCAGGAGAGACCUUACCUCUUCGCACGGUCCUACCCAAACUUGUCUCUUAGAGAGAGUGCUGUCAUCUCCUCUCUUCUCCACCUCUGCACUCCUCAGGAGGAGUCGGAGCACAGGAGAACAUGGAGACUAGGUUUUGAAACUCGUUUGGUUGUUCUUUUAUUUGUUUUCUACUGAGAGGUGUCGACACCACCAGUUCCUGGUUUUUAAUAUUAGCUGAGCAGAGCAAGAGACAAUAAAUGAAACACUCAAAAAAGAUGUUUUUAUACAGAGGAUUUUCUUGAGCGGCUGUGGAAUUUCUCUAUACAGCCACUGAUGAGGUUUGAUUUUUAGAUAAUGCUUUUUAAAAACGUCCUCGUAUGAGUGGACGGCUUCGUAAAUGAGCAAAUGUUUUUAACCUGCGUGUGUUCUCGCGUCAUGGUGUGUUUUUAGUCAAAACACACUCAAGCACACCUGCACUGUCACUUGCCUCACUUCACACUCUUUCUUAACUCGCAGAGGACGCCAUCCCUUUCCUGGGAGAGUGUUCAUAUGAGUGAAACUUGAAAAGGGCUACAGAGAUUACUCUUAUCACACGAGUUAUUAGCAAGCAAAGAUUUGUCUGAUCCAACGUGAUUUAAUAGAAGAAAAUAAUCAUGCGCUAAUGUUCGAGCCCCUGCACACAAAUGUCCCCUUGAAUACACAAUAAAUGCCUUUCCACAGGUAAAGAGGGACUGGCAUUAUAUGGUGAAGAAUGAGGAAUACAUUUUUUAGCAAUAAGUCUUCACUUCUUUGUCUGUUCUAAUUGUGCUCUUUUUCUACUUUUCCCGGUCCCUGGUGCUUGCAUGUCAGCUCAAAAUGUGACGUUAGUAUGUGUGUGUGCUUUAGCCCUGUGGUGCUACUGUGGGAGUUGUCGAGAGGCUGUCGGACAACCUAUUUACAGCCCCCCCCCCCCCCCCCCCCUCCGCCUCCCAACUCCCCCAUUUUAGUGUAAAGAGUGGGGGGGUUGGGAGGACAGUAGCUCCACUCAAACUGUCACAAAGGUGUCACCAUCACACUUCACAAACUGAGCCUGCAAUGUGAGGCUGGCUCCCAUAAACCAGUAUAUAUAUAUAUAUAUGAGAGAGAAGGGGAGAUGCAAGUCACUGCACACAUACACCUGCGGGGUGUAAAGUUGGCUGUGGAAAGUUAAAAGUUGUUUGAAUGUCACAAGCCCUUGCCCCCUUAUCGGCUGCUGGGAUCAUUGGCAGCGGUGCACUAAUCCUAAUGGAACAAUAGGUGCGUUCAAUUGUAGGAAAAAAGGAAGAGGGUAUGUAAAACAAUGAGCCACAUUUGUUUUAUUUCAGGAUGAGGUGUAGAUGGGUUGAUAGGACGGGCCAGUGACGGGGGGUUUUUAUGGUACUGAAGAAAGAAGUGUUUCUCAGGGAGACAUACUUGAUACAUCCCUUAAUCUUAUAUUAACUGUGUUCCACUUACAGUCCUCUGUCCCGACUGUUGAUGAACAUGCAUGUAGUUUUGUCCGCAGAGAGCGAGAGAAUGCGUACAUGAGUGUGUCUGCAAAGGGGGUCUGCAUGCUCCACAAUCUGACCUAGAUACUCUCCUCCCCCCACCGACUCUUUCUCUCCCACUCUUGUCUCAUGUAGGGCAGGGAACCUCUUAAACUCACACACAGACAGUGAACCAUGGUGCUCUCCAAAACACACAAUCGUCAGGUGCAGGUUGUAUGGACCACACCGCUCAGAGUCCCUUCUCUUGUCCCUCGUUUCCUCAGUGAAUCUGUCAGGGAUUUCUACUCUGUCUCAGUUUUUUUCUUUUUUUAUAGAAGUGAAUUCUAUUUGCUAUUCAGUCCAGAAUAUCACAGGAUUUAAAAUGUGGAAAAAGAGGAAAGUAUACUGUCAUGUUGUAACUAGUGGUGUGCGUUAGUAGGAGGGUGUUUGGUGUUCCAGCAUGAAAUCACAAACUGUUAUCAGAAUGAGUGACUAUGAGAAGAGAAACUGUACAGUAACCAAAUGAAGUUGUGAUAGUUUCUUUUUCUAAAGAAAAUAAAAAAUGAUUAUUAACUGAAA